AUGCUAUCUAGAUUGUGUGCAUAGAAAUUUACUACAUAAAUACAUGGAGUUCCGAUAAAAUGUAUUUAUUUGAUCAAAUGAUAUAGUGUUGGAAGCAAUGAAGUUUGACAUCCCAAAAGUGUCAGAGGAACGAUACAAAAAUAUAAGAACUCUUACUUGCUAUCUAUAGGAUCGAUUACAUGACAGUUAAUUGAUGGAGUUUGUUAGAGAUGUUGAGUUAAUAAAAGAGAAAGUAUUAAUGUAUUUUAAUUGUUGCUAGGUGCAUACUAACACUCUACAAUUGAAAUCUAGUAUUUUCAGACUUUUUAAUCAAUGUAUUAUUAUAAUGUUAUUGCAGAUCAAGUAUUAGAUCUUGUACCUCUGGCUUUGAGAAUCGACUUGUAAGAAUUGCAACCGGAGCAUUUUUAUGAUGAUUUUGACAGAAUUGAAACAGAGAUCAAAAGUGAAUAUAAUUGUUUUGUUCAGAAUAGAGCGAGUCUAUUUUAACCAUAGAAUAAAAGCCUAACUGACUUUAUUCAAUAUAAACGUAAAUACCAUAGAUUGAGAAUCGAAGAAGAUGAGAGAGUGCCUGCUUUCACAUAACUAAUGGAUGAUGGUUUGAUAAACACUUUAUUGCCAAAAUAAGAAUUGGAGUCGUAUGAUACAAAUAGCAAAGAGGAUUUUAAGAAUCAAUUGGUAGUGGCCAGAAAUUCUAGAUUGAUGAACAAACAUAUUAAGUAGAAAGAUGAGAGUGAACUCAGAACUCCUUUGUAAUUAAGACAGGUUGAAAGUCUUGAAGAAAUUAAGGAAACCAAUUAAGUUUGCUUUUAUAAUUUACCAUACAUAUUGGAUGAGAAAUUUAAAUAGGGGUGCAGAGAAUACUUUGAGUAAAGAUUUGGUGAAAUAGAAUCUAUCGAAUAUUUUGAGUAUUCUAACUUCAAAAAGCAAAUUGAUCAAAUAACUACAGGUAAUAAGCAAAAUGAGAACAAGGAUCUCUAUUAAAGCUUGGAUCAAUUGAGUUCCACAAAGAAACUAUUGGAGAGAGUAAAAGUAAAUAAGAAUAAAAAAUUAUAUAAAUCGUAUGCAGUGAUCAACUUCAAAAACAAAGAAUCUAAAUUAAAUGCCCUUUAUUAAGACUUGAGAAUAUUUGGCAUUAAAUUUAACGACUUAUAAUUAAGGAUUGACGAUGCAGACCAUAAAAAACUACUUUAUGUAAAUAAUUUAUCAAAAUUUUCUAAUGUCAAAUACUUGGUAGAAUUUCUGAACAUGCAUUUGGGUAUUCAAUUUGAACCACUUGAUGAAAGAAUACAAUUAUAGAAUAAUGUUGUUUGUUUAAUCUUAAAAGACUUUAAAGAAACCCAAAUAGCCUUUGAUAAGUUGAACAACUUAACAUUUUCAGUAUAUUUAUUAACUAUACUUAGAGAUUUAAAAUGAAUGUAUUUCACUAUCCUGACGGUUUGAAGUACAUGGGCAAUAAAAUAGCAGAGCACUUCAAUAGUAAUAUAGCUCUUCUGAUUUUGGAGUAGAACUUAUCUAAAUUAAAAUUUGAAAUGGAUUAAAAUUGGAAGGAGGUUAAAUUUGAAAUAGAAUCAAGAGAUAUAGUUACUAAAGAGCCUUAAUACCCUAUUAGUUAAGAAAUCCACUCAACAGAUAUGCAAUAAUGCAUAAUCGAGAUGAUUGAGGAUUCUUAUCAAGAAGAGGAAUUUCAAUUAGAGCUCUUUGGCUUGGUUUGGGAUGAAGAAGCUCAAUACUGA